AUGUACGCCGAUUGUGGCAGCAUCGAUGCCGCGACACAGGUGUUCUUCCUGAUCGACCGGCCCAAUCUCUUCUCCUGGAACAUCCUUCUCACAGCGUAUGCGCAGAACGGGCAUCUGGAUCGCGCUGCGGAGAUCUUCGCGAGAAUGCCCGAGAGGAACCUGGUGUCUUCGAAUGCUAUCAUCUCGGCAUAUGCCCAGGCCGCGCAAAUCCACAAGGUUCUAUCGCUCUUCACGACUAUGCCACAGAAGGAUAUAAUCUCGUGGAACGUUCUUCUCAAAGCGUAUGGAGAACAGGGAAAUGCCACGCUAGCAAAGGAAGUGUUUGAAAAGAUGCCAGAGUGGGACUUGGUAUCGUGGAAUGCCAUGAUCGCCGCUUAUGCCCUGUGCGGGCAUAUUGGAAAAGCGAGAGCACUGCUGGGGAGAAUUCCCAUCCGGAGCGUUCUCUCUUGGAGCUGCAUCGUCCAAGCCUUCGUCCAGCACUCCGGGAACUUGGGCGAUGCCAGGGAAGUGUUCUUCGAGAUGCCGGAGUGGGAUGCCGCGUCCUCCACUGCGAUUGUCACGCUGCUCUCGCAACAGUGUGGCCUGGAGCAAGCCCAAGAGGUUUUCAAUGGGAUGCAGCACAGGAACGUCACGGCCUGGAACGCCAUGCUGCUGGUUUACAUCCGGUGCGGGCAUCUGGAAGGAGCCGAGAGUGUGUUUCACUCCAUGCCGAGGAAGAACAUCGUCUCCUGGAACUCCAUGAUCCACUUCCACGUCCAAAACGGGAACUUUGAGUCGGCAAAGCGGAUGUUCCUCUCGGUGCCCGAGCACGACGUGUUCUCGUGCACGGACAUGAUAACCGGCUUCGCUCGAGUCGGGCUCCUCAAGGAUGCAGUGAAGAUCUUCAGCGAAAUGCCUGAGUCCAACGUUGUUUCCUGGACUGCGAUCGCGGCGGCGCACGCUCAGCUCGGCUACACUGUAGAAGCGAUGGAUCUCUUCGACAGGAUGGCAGAGAGAGACGUGGUUGCGUGGACAAUGCUGCUGACGACUCAUGCUCAAGCCGGGAAGAUCACCGAGGCGAAAACCCUCUUUGAUCAAAUGCCGGAAAGGAACUCCUCGUCCUGGAACGCAAUGGUGGCGGCACUCGCUCAAAGCGGGGACUUGGAGGCCGCAAAGUCGCUGCUGGACAGGAUGCCACAUCACAGCGUGAUCUCCUGGAACUCCAUGAUCGCGGCUUACGGUCGCCUCGGGUACCUCGAGGAAGCGAAGAAACUCUUCGACCGAAUACCCGAGCACAACUUGGUAUCCUGGAAUUCGCUGCUCGCCGGACACGCUCAAAACUCCAGGAAAGCCGAGGAUCUCUUCGCGUCCAUGCCGGAAAGGAACCUCGUGAGCUGGGACUCGAUGCUGGCAGCGUACGCCUGCGAAGGAAACGCUCGGGCUACCGCUAGGAUGUUCGAGAGAAUGCCCGAGACGGGAUUGAUCUCCUGGAACCUGGUCAUUACGAUCACUGCUCGAGCUGGACACGGCCAGGCGACGCUAGAUUUCUUCCGGCUCAUGAACUUGGGUGGAGUCUUGGCCGACGAGAUCACUUUCACCGGAGUUCUCACGGCUUGUAACCAUCUCGGGCUGCUCGCCGAGUGCUGGGAGUUUGUCCUCUCGAUGAGUGCCGACUACCAUCUUGCGCCGGCGAUGGAGCACUACUGCUCGGUGGUGGACAUCUUGGGCCGCUCGGGCCAGCUCAAAAACGCCGAAGAGAUCAUCCGGCAGGAAGAAGAGGAGCAAGGAUCGUCCUCUGGAGCCGCGGCAUGGAGAGCCCUGCUAGCUGCCUCCAAGAUGCAAAAGGAUGGAGCGCGCGCUAUUCGAUCGGCACGAAGUGUUAUUCGUCUCGAUGGUGGAAAGUCUCUACCUUUUAUUGUAUCAGUAGGCUUGUGA